UAUUUGGCUCAUUCAAAAGUUAUAAAUUGAGCAUGAAGUCGUCAGCCUUAUUUAAGAUUAAUAAAAUGUAUUUUAUGAAUGAAAAGGCACAAUUUUAAACAAAGUGCUAAUGGAAUGUAGCAAUGUAUUUAUACGACAUAAAAGAAUUGGUAGAAUCUCUUGCCGUUGUCACUACUAUUAUCCAGUUCCUAUCGGGCACGUUAGUUUGCAAGCAAUAUGUUUCUAAUCGUACGACUGGUGAAGCUUCACCCUUGCCUUUUACCUGUGGAUUUUUCUCCUGUAGCAUAUGGCUGCUUUAUGGAUUGACUAAGGAAGAUGGGAAUAUGAUUUUAGUCAAUGUGGUAGGCGUAGUUUUCAUGGUUGCAUAUACAAUAGUAUUUUAUUUAUAUACAUUUAAGAAAAGUGUGGUGUUGAGACAGGCAUAUAUAACAGUUGGCUCCUGUAUGUUUAUGAUUUGGUAUGUAAAUAUUGAAGAAGAUAGUGAACUUCUUCUCAAUCGUCUUGGACUCCUAGCAUGCAGCCUCACAUUACUGACUGUUGCCUCGCCAAUGAGCAAACUGCUUUAUGUUAUAAAAACUAGAAGCACGGAAUGUCUACCAUUUCCUAUGAUUCUUAUGUCAUUUAUUGUUAUGUCAUUGUGGUUCUUUUAUGGUAUAAUUGAAGAGGACAUGUAUCUUACUAUACCAAACUUCAUUGGCGCGUCGCUAGCGCUUGCACAGCUGUCUCUGUUCGUAAUUUAUCCAAGUAAACCAACAUCCCCACUUUUAGUUAAGUCUUUGUUAGCGUAAGGAUUAUGACAUAUUUUUUUACAUCAGGUAUUAAAGAAACAAAUGGGUAACGAAAAUGAAAUUAUACAAUUAGAGGUAAUUCAAAAUUUGAAAUGAAAGUUCAAAUAUUUUUGUAGAAUUAAAAUUAUUAAUUUAAAGUCAUACUCAUAUCCACAACAAGUAUUAUUUAGUUAAAUAAUUUCUAUUUUGUUAAUAAAUUAUAUUUUAUUGAUCUCCCAUGAGUGAGAACGCACAAUUAACUCAAACUCAAAAUAUUUUAUUUAUAUGGGUAAACAAAUACACUUAUGAACGUCGAAAAAAUUAAAUUAAUUGUAAAUUUACAUUACAACUAGUUCGCAAGUCAAAGGCGUAGAGCGGGCAAAUAGUUUCAAGUAAUAUUUAUUCAGGUGGUUUCUUUUAUCCUUAUACUCUUGCUGAAAUUUGUGUCCCGCCUUCGAGAUUAUGUACAAUUCGGAAAUAACUAUGUAUUGUGUAUACGCAGCGUUGACCUUAUAAGGGUGACCGAAGUUUUGAUGAAUUCUAUAAACACGCAAAAAGAAAUUAUUAGUUAGAAAUAGUAUUAUUUAAUUGUUACUCACACUCAGUAAUUUAAAAGCUUAAAGCUCCGAAGUUCGCGGCUAUAUCUGGUCAGAAGUUUUGUUAUUAUUUGUUUUUUAUUUGCAGUACAGUAAAGGGUGGGUCAUGAUACACCCUAUGGGAAAAAUAAAUUUCUAAUCCAUAUCUUUACAAGUUGCAAAUUUGUGUAAAUUAUCUAAAUCUCUCACUUUACCAGUACAUUAAAACACACCUUUAUAAUGUUCAUGUUAUUAAAAUGUAAAGUAUAUAAUGUACUAGUAAAAUGUAUUUUUUUGUAUACAAAAAUUGUAUGAUAAAGUUUUCGUAGCAAUAUUUAAAUAAAACAAGUGCGUAAAAGAUUAUUACGAUGAGUCAGUAUUAUAUAUCAUAGUUAUCGUGCCUUUAAUGUGUAUUACAUUUUUUAAUACUAAAGUAGCCUUAAAGGCCAUGGGAAUCGGAAUUGCCUUCCGUGUGACAAAUCCAAUACACUUUUGGCAAACGGUAGUUAUGUUGCAGCCCACUAGCUUAAUUAGCCGUUCAAUUAACUGCCUAGCCGUUUAGCUAACGGUUGAAAGAAUUAGCCGUAGCUUUUGUUACAACAUUUAAUGAACUGGCUGGCUAAUGAUUCGGUCAUUGGUACGAUAGUUAUUAUUUGGCAGCAAUAACAAAGAUUUAACAUAUGACAUACAAAAUAUUUCUUUUUAAUUAAAUUGCUCGAGUCAAAUGUACAUUAUUAUUGUCACUAUUCUCUGCCAUUGAACUUGGUUUUUUUUAAGAACCUUUAGGGCCUGUUUCACAAUGUAUGGAUAAAGUGCCAAAUAGCUAUGCAACACAUAAAUUAUUCGAAAGAUAAAGUGACGUCAUUGAUAGUUAGAAGAGUUUCGUUUAGAGUUUUGAGUGGCAGAAAGUGGAAGUCGACUUAAAUUAACAGUCAACAGGCUAGGCAAGUAAUGAAACGCCAUCGAUCCAUGUGAUUUGCUCUUGAUAUUUAAUCAACUGGCUGAAUGUCAUUCAGUCCGUUAGUUAAAACGGCUAGUCUAUUAAUUGAACGGCUAAUUAAUCUAGUUGACUACGAUAGUAAUACUCAGCGAGACUCAAUACCUUAUCCUAAAAGAAGGAUUAGCCGCCAAGAAUGUAUACAAGGCUAAAAAUAUUAAUUUUGUGCAGACCUUUUUUCUAGCUUUUAACCUAUGCUAUAAACUCAUGGUAGAGCUGAAACUGCGCGAGAUGAGUCAUAGUUUAUAAAAUUUUAUAGUGUUUGUAUAAUUACAAGAAAAUUAUUUUUAUUGAUUAAAACAGAUUCCCCAAUUUGCAAUUAUUUACAGGUUGACGUAACCCGUGUUGGUAUAGAAUUUAUAUUAAUUAAAAUUUAAACCAUACUCAGAGUCGACCAUAAAUUUAUACCUAAAGCUACGGUGCAACCAUUUAAAUAAUGAUUUAAGGAGUUUCAUUAAAUCUUAAUAUGUUUCCGUAGUCUUAAUGAUCGACUCUAAGUACGGACGAUAAAUUAUUUAGAAGUUUAUUUAUUUUAAGGGUCAUUGGAGUGAGAUAAAUAAAUAAGAUAAA